AACCAUUUUAAUUACGAUCGCUUCCUAACAAAAGAACGAGAAAAUGUGAAAAAUUUUAUUCGUUUGUAAUUAAAAAGAAGAGUUUGAUGUCCAUGCACAUACUCUCUGCCAAAUAGCCAAGUAUCAUUUAAUAGACCGGGCCCCGUUAAAUAAAUUGUUUAUCAAAAGCCCUUAUAAAAGGAGUACAUUGUGUUCGCAUUCACACAAGCAUACACGCCUCUGGUUAUUUGUUUGAUAGCAACACAAAAAAAGUUUCUAGAAAAAGUUUGAAAUCCAAACAGCUUUUAUUAAAGUUUGUGGAAAAUAAACAAAAUCUUGAAGAAUAUACAGUUUUAAAACCUUAAAUCCAUUAAUUUUGUACAUUCAAUUAAAGAACAUACAAUAUUUAAUUGCAAACACUGGAACCAUGCAGAGACUAGCUGAACCACAUCAAAUGUUUGCCUAUAUGAUUGAAUUGUACCUAAUUAAAACAAGGACUAUUAAAGUGUAACACUACUUAACAAGACAUAUUUAGUCACCUUAAAAAUUAAUUCGUUAAAAAAAUUUAAAAAUUGCUGCAACGCUGUCGUUGAAGCUGAGAACAUACGUGUUAAUAAAACUUAUUUAACAUAUAAUGAAGUUACUAGAGAGUUCACGUUUCGAGGCAAUCAACAACGCACUUUCUAUACAAACAAGUGGUAUCACAAUCUUCGGUCGUAUAGAAAGUUACUCAUGCAAAAUGGUUGCAGCCGAGAAAGUGUUGUAUAAACGAUUUACAGUAGACACUCAUGGGCAUGACCUUCAGGCGCUAUCACCCCCCCAAACUUUGACUGACUUUUCGCCCAACUUUCGCCGGCACAACAGUCAAUCUGGAGAUGAAGGAAUAACUCUUUGCGACACUAUCUCCAGAAAAACAUUGUUUUACCUAAUUGCUACUUUAAACGCGUCGUUUGAGCCUGACUACGAUUUUUCCGACGCUAAGUCCCAUGAAUUUAGCAAAGAGCCUUCAUUACAAUGGGUUAUGAAUUCAAUCCAUUCAAAUCUCUCCGCAUUAGCGGGAGAUCAAUACCAAGUUAUACGUCAACCUUUAUGGUCUGCCGUUGAUGACGAAGUGAACUUAUCAGAAUGUGACAUAUACAGUUAUAAUCCAGAUCUGAGUUGCGACCCUUUUGGAGAACCAGGUUGUUUGUGGUCGUUUAAUUAUUUCUUUUACAACAAAAAACUAAAACGAAUUGUGUUCUUUACCAGUCGUGCAGUGAAUUCUCUUUAUGCUGGUGAAACCUCAGACUUUUCGAUGGAAGAGGAUGUGUAUUGACGUUGGCUACAUACAAUCUGUAUUUUUUUCCUGCAAAUCCGGAUGCAAAACUGGUUAGAGAUUCCAGUAUGUGGUUCAACUGUAGCCGACUCUUACCGUAUCUUUCUUAUGUGUAGUUUCUUAACGCUUAUCUGGCUAACGUUCAUAAAUAUUAUUUAAAUUUGUUUAGCGAAGUCUACUUUAUAAGAUCAGUAAAAUGUUUAAAAUAAGAAAAAUUUAUAUGAGAGCAAUAUUGUAGUAUCUUGGGUACUCCCUGAAUGACUGCAUUGCUGAAAUUCGGUCAGCUGGUCGUCAACUGUUUCAUACGAAUUCAACUGGCUAAUAUUUCAGCUGUUCAGCAACCCAGAAGUUGCUAAAAUUUUUGUUAAAUAGCUGAAAAGCCAAGGUAGUCCCCCUUUUCUACUGAAAUUGAGAAGGUCCCAACAUGAAAGUAACCACCCAAUAUAAGGAAAGAAGAAAGUUUAUAGAGUCCAUUGCUUUUUAAGGGGGUCUUCUACUUUCGAGGCAAGAAUUUGAGUUGUUAUUUAGGGAAUUAAUUUUGCUACUGCAUAGAAUCUUUCAGAACCUUGGAAUCUAUUUUUCAUAAUACAUGUAAAAACUGCAGUGGUCCCGCUUAAGCGGAACGACAAGGCACAAGGCAAAUUAAAAAAAAAAAUUUUUUUUAGUAAUAAGCUAAAGUUAUGCAACAAUAAGGAAAACAAUUCAACUUAAAACGUAAUUUUUUGACCUAUUAGGCGCUAUAAAAAUGUAGCAAAAAAAAAUUAAAAAAUCGUACUCGGCAAAACAUAGCGGACAAAAUCCUUUUUGCAGCGUAUUCCCAGAAUCAUACAGAUUAGAACAAAGAAAAAAAUAGAUUUUUUGAAACCUCGAAAGUAGAAGACCCCCAUAAUGAAUCCGAAAGAUAGUCUCUUUGCUGUUCCUAGGCAUUAUCCUCCAAUUGAAGCAAAUGCUAAAUAAAAGUAAAUGUGAGGCAAUUGACAAACCAAUUGCUGACAAUUUCCAGCAAUUCAGAGAUUCAGUCGUUUAAGGAAUACCCAAAUUGCAUAAAACAAUAAAAUUAUCAUUAGGUUA